AUGAAACCAGGGUUGAAAUUGUCGAAUGAAAAUGGUGGUCAAAGUCGAAAAGGCCCAAGGUUUUGGCUUAUCUUGAUUGCAGCCGCCUUGGCCGCCCUCUUGACGACGUUGGAGGCCACCAUAACAUCUACGGUCCUCCCGACAAUAGUAGCCGAUCUUGGAGGAGGAGAUGGCUACAUCUGGGCCGUUGAUGGAUACUUCUUGACCAUCGGCAUAGCUGGCGGAUCUGUCAACAUGGCUAUGCUGAUUGCCAGCCGAGUGAUUCAAGGUAUCGGAGGAUCUGGUAUCAAUGUACUGGUUGAGACGGUUGUCUGCGACCUGGUUCCUCUGCGGGAGCGAGGCAAAUAUAUGUCUGCAUUGUUCGGCAUGAUUGCUCUUGGAACCGCACUGGGCCCUCUUUUCGGGGGGCUUAUUGUGACCUAUUCCUCCUGGCGCUGGGUGUUCUACAUGGCUCUACCCGUGGGAGGUCCGGCUCUGGUGUUGCUGUUUGUUUUUCUUCACGUCAAUUACGACAAGUCGAACAGUUUGGCAACCAAGGUGCAGAAGCUGGACUGGCUGGGCAACAUGAUUUUUGUGGGAGCCAGCUGCUCCGUCCUGCUCGCUCUGAGCUGGGCAGGCUCUGUGUACCCCUGGUCCUCGUACCAGAUCAUUGUGCCUCUUGUCAUUGGCAUCGUCGCUCUUGGGGGAUUUGGGAUACUGGAGGGCUCUCGGCUCGUGAUGAACCCAAUGAUGCCUCUCCAUCUCUUUUCUAACCGAACCUCAACCACCACCUUCAUGUUGACUUUCCUCCACGGUUUUGUCAGCAUGUGGGCGCUAUAUUUUCUUCCUGUCUAUUUUCAAGGCGUUCUCGGCGCAACGCCCAAUCGCUCUGGAAUCAUGUUCCUGCCGACCAUCCUUACCGUGGUACCUUCUGCAAUUAUAGGAGGGCUGCUCGUCUCUAAAUUCGGCCGAUACAAGCCAAUAUUUUUUGUUGGGUUCGCCAUCAUACUGGUCGGUUUUGGUCUUUUCACCCUUCUAACUCCAAGUUCCAGCACGGGUGUCUGGGUAGGUUUCCAGGUCAUCGAGUCUGCCGGCGUCGGUAUCACUAUACCAAGCCUCCUCCCUGCCGUGUUGGCGCCCUUAUCAGACAAGGACACAGCGCUGGCCACAGGUACCUGGGCGUUCAUGCGCAGUUUUGGCCUGACUUGGGGUACCGCCGUUGCGGCUGCUGUCUUUGACAAUCGCGCCGCCCAGUUGGCGGCCUCGGGUGCCAUUACAGACAAAAGGGUGGCGGCGCAAUUGAUGGCCGGUGGUGCGUACUCGGCCGCUACAGCCGAGUUCCUGGACUCAUUGUCGGCCGAGACACGCACGCAGGUUUCUAACGUUCUGAACACCAGUCUGAAGCGGUCGUGGCAGGUUGCCAUCGCAUUCGCCGCUGUUGGGCUCUUGCUUGUCAUGUUGCUAAAAGAAAUUCCUCUUCGAAAAGAGCUGUUGGACAACGAGUUUGGUAUGAUCGAGACAAGAAAAGACGCCUCCUCCAACCCCAGCGCACAUGAAGCAGGAAACCUUGUCGUUGGAUCGGAUGCAUAG